UUUCAUAAACACUGCAGACAAGUCCACAGACCCUGUGGAAUCACUUUUUUUCUUGCAUUUCAGGUUUUUUUAAGAUAAAAUAUAAAGAUGUUUACUCAACUUCUCCCAGAUUUAUAAUCAGGGAAAGUACAUUUGACGUGACUUAUAUCACUUUACACAGGAGAGCUGGAGGUCUGACAAGGUGUCUGUCCUGUUGGAAUAUUCACUUUAAGUUCACAUGUCAAACAUAAGCAACACGGUCUACAAAAUGCCACAUCCACUUGUAGUUGGCAGUCCUUUCCAGACGUACUGGAGGAAGCAGACCCAGGCCUUUCACUCUUACCAGGAGAGAGAGAGCAAAAGGCUCCAGAACCUGAGGAGCACCUUCCAGAAGAAUGUGUGUCACAGCCUUGAGUACGAGGAACAGAUCUUCACAUCUGAGAUGUGCCUGAUGAGGGAAGACAUGAAGUCUGUUCAGGACAAACUAUUUAAGGACAUGCAAGAGGAGGAAAUGCUGAGUGUCCGUAGAGGACUGCAGGCUCUCUUCCUGCCAGAGGGAUGCAGAUUCUGAUCAGAGGACAAAUAUUACCUUACUAGUACACCACAG